UUCUCAAAAUCAGUUCUGUCAUUGCUUUCCAGAACUGGGACUUGCAUUGUUGCAGUAGUUGCAGUAGUUGCAGUAGUUGCCUGUUAUCCAUUUGGUUCUUUGUCUGAUAGGUGUAAACAACUAAUUCUCUGUAAAAUACACUGAGGCAAACAAUGCAACACUAGACAGAAUGAUGGUUUGAAUAAUCUCUCUAAGAGAUCUCUAAACAAUGUCCCUGAAAGGAUGUCCCCUGGUGCACUUAAAGAAAGGUAAAAAGUCACCUGUCAGUUUAUGGUCAGCAGAAUAUGCAGCUAUAUAGCAUCAACAAACAUGGCCUCAGUUUAUUUUCACAGUGUUUGAUUACUUAAAAAAAAAGAUGCAUGUUAUGCGUAUGAGAGGAAAUGUUGUUGAUGUUUUUGAAGCCGUGCUUUAUUGGUCCCCGUGGACACCUUCUCAAAUGAUCCAUAAUAGCCCCUCCUGCCUGCCUUGACCAACAAUAAGUCAAAUCCUCUGAAAUUCCAACCGUUAGAUCCUCCCAGCCCCUGCUAUUUUGAGGCGUGCUCUCUCAUAAGUCCAUAGGUCCCACCGUCUCUCGUUUUUCCUUACUCACACUCCCAUCUAACUCACCUGCCCUAUCCUUCAACAGCUCAGACACUUUUCUCAAGAUGUCCUGGAUGCAUGCAGCCCUCCUUGCGCUAGUCUCUGUGCUGCUGGCACUGUCCUGGUCUCGGGAGGCAGGCGCGGUAGCGGUCCCUGGUGAUAAGACUACCUCCAAGGCGUCUGACCUGAUCGGUUCACAGAGGGGUAAGGUAUUCAUGCAAGACGCUGAUGCCGCAGACUUCUUCAGACGCCGCCGCAGAAGGACCGCCAAGUCUCAGGAUGAAAUCAACGCUGAACAGAGACAGGUACUAGCAGCAAAUGAGAGAAAGAGGGAGUAUCAUGAGGACCAGACGAAUACGUUUGAGAGCUACGCAGAGGAGGAGGAGCACGACGACGAGAGGACCCGGGAGAGCACUGAGCAGUGGCAGCAGUUCCACUACGAUGGUCUGCAACCCACCCCAAGUGUAUAACCGCCAAUCUAAAAGGCAAAAUGCAGAAAGAGUG